AUGGAAAAAAAGAAUAAAGAUGUUAAUAUGAAAUCUUCAUAUAAUUUCUUCGUUCUUUUCAUUUUCUUUUUUUUCCCGUCUAGGUCUAUUUCCGUCACUGAUCAUAAUUCUUUUACACCUUUGGUUAAUUAUCUUAUUGAUUGUGGAUCCCCCGUUAAAACUCUGCUAAACGAUGGUAGAAACUUCAAAUCUGAUCGUGAAACUACUUCUCUCCUUUCAACGACCGAAGAUAUUGUAAUUUCAGUAGAUUCAAUAAACAUAACAAAUAUAUUUCCUCCUUCGUCAUUGCCUUUAUGUCAAACUGCUAGAGUCUUCACAGAAGAAUCUAUAUACACUUUCUACAUCUCCAAAAUCGGUCGAAUUUGGAUUCGUCUUUAUUUCUUCCCUUUUUCUAACCCUACAUACAAUCUAACAAAUUCUAUUUUCUCUGUUCAUACUGAUCAUUUUGUUCUCUUGCAUGAAUUCUCUCCUACUAAUAACAAUUCAGUUUUUUUCAAAGAAUAUCUUGUUAAUGUUCUUGAUGCUAGAUUUUCACUCAAGUUCAAACCAAAGAAAGAUUCAUUAGCAUUCAUCAAUGCAAUUGAAAUUGUUUCAGCUCCUGAUACACUUAUAUCAGAUUCAGCAACUCAAGUUUUUCCACUUGGAGAAUUCAAAGGUUUGAUGAAAUCAGCUUUGCAAGUAUCUUAUAGAAUAAAUGUCGGCGGCCCUACCAUAACUCCUGAGGUUGACACAUUGUCAAGAACAUGGGAGACUGAUGGUUCAUAUAACAUUUUUCCACAAGGCUCUAUGAGUGUUUCUGUCUCAAAUAAAAGCAUAAAGUAUUCACAAGAAAAUGGUGUUAAUCUUACACCAUUGAUUGCUCCAAAUUCAGUUUAUGCAACAUGUGUACAAAUGAAAGACACUGAAGUUAUGCAACCAAAGUUCAAUCUUAGUUGGAUGGUGAAUGUUGAAGAAAGCUACUCUUAUUUGAUAAGAAUGCAUUUUUGUGACAUUGUUAGCACAAGUCUUGAUCAAUUGUAUUUCAAUGUAUACAUCAAUGGGAUUGAAGGUGUGGAAGCUUUGGACCUUUCAUCUCAAACCAAAGCUCUAUCGACCGCGUUUUACAUGGAUUUUGUGAUUGAUUCAUCUAAUAUCACAAAUGGUUCUAUCUUGAUUCAAGUAGGGCCACCUAAUCUUCAACUAAGUACAACCAAUGCAAUUUUGAAUGGAAUUGAGGUGAUGAAAAUGAGCAAUAGUGCUAAUAGUUUGGAUGGUUUUUUCUCUGUUGAUGGAGAAUACAUAGGACCAAAUGUAACAUCCAAGGUAAUGAAAAUUAUUGCUAUUGUUGGCUUGGCAUUGGCUGUGAUAGCAUUUUUGUUACUAGCAAUAAUGUAUAUUAGGUGGUUAAGGAGACCUCUAGAUUGGGAAGAAAGUAGAAGUUUAUCUUCAUGGAUUCUUCCUCUUCAUUCGAGACGUAAGAAAAGUUGCAACACAAAUUUAAACACAUCUGAUUCACCUAAGAGUAAGAAUGGUGGUGGUCAUUUUGUUCAUUACUCUCCAAGAGGGCAAGAAAAGUUCUUCCAUUUUGCCGAAUUACAACGAGCUACAAAUAACUUUGAUGAUAAAAGAGUUAUUGGUGAAGGAGGAUUUGGUAAAGUGUACCUUGGAAUAUUGGAAGAUGGAACAAAUGUUGCUAUAAAAAGAGGAAGUGGUGGUUCAGGACAAGGGAUGAAUGAGUUUAUAACAGAACUAAGCAUGCUUUCUAAGAUGCGACAUCGCCAUUUAGUUUCACUAAUAGGUUACUGUGAUGAAAACUCAGAAAUGGUUCUUAUAUAUGAUUACAUGUCUAAUGGCCCUUUUCGUUCGCACCUUUAUGGCUCUAACUUCUCUCCUUUGUCUUGGCAAAAAAGGCUUGAGAUAUGCAUCGGUGCUGCUCGCGGUUUGCAUUAUCUCCAUACAGGUGCAUCUCAAAGUAUAAUACACCGCGAUGUGAAGACAACAAAUAUACUCUUGGAUGAGAAUUAUGUAGCCAAGGUUUCAGAUUUUGGUUUAUCAAAAGCUAUCCAAGAUAAAUCUCAAGUGAGCACUGCAGUUAAGGGUAGUUUUGGAUAUCUUGAUCCUGAAUAUUUCAGAAGCCAACAACUAACUCAAAAAUCUGAUAUAUACUCAUUUGGUGUAGUCCUAUUUGAGGUAUUGUGUGCUAGGCCAGUUGUGUGUCCUACAUUACCUAUGGAACAAGCUAACUUAGCUGAUUGGGUGUUGCAACAAUAUAGAAUAGGGAAUCUUCACAAGAUGAUUGAUAAAAAUAUAGUUGAUACUAUAAAUCAUGAAUCAUACAAGAUUUUUUCACAAAUUGGUGUGAAAUGUUUAGCAGAUCAUGGUGUUGAUAGGCCUAGUAUGGGUGAUGUGUUGUGGCAUUUGGAACAUGCUUUGCAACUACAAAUAGCUUCAUCACAUGUUGAUAUUCCACUUAUAGAUCAAAGUACAAAUGAAUAUGAAAGAAAUGAUGAUCACUUACAUGGUGUCACAAGUGAUGAGUCUGCAAAUUCUAGUUCAAUUUUGUUUUCUCAAAUGGUCAAUUUUCAAGGAAGGUGA